UAGUGUCUUCUGUUUGUUUUGUAAAAUAUGGGAGAAGAAUUUAAUGUUAGUUUAUUUGAAAAGAAAUUACAAGGUUUAAAAGAUUCACAAGAAAGUAUUAAUUCGUUGUCUGCAUGGUGUCUUGAAAAUCGACAACAUCAUAAGAAAAUUGUACAAGCUUGGCUGAAUGUCUUGAAACGGGUGAAAGUUGAGCAUAGAUUAACGUUAUUUUAUUUGGCAAAUGAUGUUAUACAAUAUUCAAAACGGAAAAAUUAUGAAUUCGUUGAAAGUUGGGGUACUACGUUACAAAAAGCGACCACCAUGGUGCGGGAAGAAAAAGUUAAACACAGAAUAUUACGAAUAUUUAAAAUAUGGGAACAACGUGGUAUUUAUGGUGAAGAAUUUUUAUCAGAUUUAUCAGGCUUAAUAAGUGUUGCACCUGCAAAAAAAUCUGAAACAGAACCCUUAGAAUUUCAACCAUCAUAUUUAAUAUCAAAGAUAAAUGCAUGUACACGCUUGGAGGAAGAUACUGAUCUCAAAUUAAAACGUAUGAAAGAAAAUGAGCAUAAAUUGUUAUGUGAUGAUCCUGAUGCUGUAGUUGCGUCCUUAAAAGAUCGACAACGUGUUGAAGAUGUCGAAAAAGAAGUUGAAGAUAGUAUAAAAUUAGUGGACGCUGUAAUGGGUGCAUUAAAAGCUGAAAUAAGUGCCCGUAAACAUUUAUUAAAUUUAUUAACACAAGCUGAUAAUUUUUAUCGAACACAACGUGGUGAAGUUAAAGUCGUAUCAAAUGCAUAUAAAAAUUUUGGUCUACGUGUAAAAAAUUUGAAAAAACGAUUAGAUGAAAUGUUACAAGAUGAAAGUCGUUGGAGCAGUCCAAUACCAUCACCGGACGUGAAUGCUCCAUCACCGUCACCGGAUUCUGAUAUUGAAUUACCUGGACAAGAUGAACUUGGAGAUACAACGGCAUAUAGUUUGGAUCAAUCUUAUACGGCAGCAAAUUUUUAUACACCAAUUGGAUCCGAUCAAUCGAAUAGUUUUACUAAUAAUGGAUUUACAUCGUUUUUGGGCUCAAAUAUUUCUUUUGACAUUCAUGCAAAUUUAUUUAACGAUUCAAAUACAGCAUCACAUGUAUCUGAUACACCUGUACCUCCACCAUCGAAUAAUUUAAUUGAAGUGGUAGGAUCAAGUCAAACAUCAAAAUCAUCUUCAAUGAGCAAUAAUCAACCACCUGCACCACAACAGAAUUCAUUUAGUCUGAAUAAUAUUAUCAAUCAGUUGUUACCAAAAUCAAAUUCACAAAUGGCAUCUGCAGAUAUGGGUAAUCCAGAUCAUUAUCAAACGACACAACAACCACCUUUGUUACCACCACCAAUGCCACCAUUUACUAGUCCACCUGCAACGUAUCCAACAAAUAAUGUUGCUUAUUCAGAUCCGGUUUAUCCACCAAUGAAUGAUAAUUCAUUUGGAGGUGUAAAUACAAGUUAUCAACAAAUGCCUCCAUCAUAUAUCCCCCCACCAGAAGUACAACAACCACCAAACAUAUACGGAGCACCAAUAAACGACCAAGGUGAUUAUAAUCCUGAAGAAGAAUUAGAAACAUGGGAAAAUGAUGGUGCAUGGCCUGAACCUCCUGAUAUGGAAACACCAGAAAGUCCACCAGGAUAUGAGAAAGAAGGUGUUAGUGAACCAGUAGAGUAUCAUGAUGGACCAAAUCAUUCGUUAAUGUCAACAGUAGAGGAUGUUGAUCAUCGAAUAUUAUUACCCCCACCACAUUUACCAUCACAUUUAGCUGAUAUUAAAGGUCCAGACACUGAUCAUCGUGUGGGUCGAUCAGCGAAUAAAGAUAUUGAUCAUAGAAAUUUAAUUAGUUUAACGGGAUCACCAGGUCCUGAAACGACAUCAUCAGUACCUGCACCUCCUAUUCCACCAAAUUUAUGGAAUAUUGAUCAGGAUUAUCGAAUGCAUGGAAAAGAUCAAGAUUAUCGUGCCCCACCACCUAUGAUGCAACAUUUUGUACAUUUAGCAUCAGAACCUCCGCCUCCACCACCACCAAUGGUUGUUCAAGUACCUACUACAAAUACACCAACAGUCAAUAAAUUAAAACGUGGACCUAGUGCAAUGUUACGACGUUCUACUACCGAAGAUAAUGUAGAAAGUAUUGACAUGGAACUAAGUGAUGAUGAUCAAAUGGCAGCACAUCAUAUAAAACGUACACCCCCAAAAGAUCGAAUCAUGUUAGGUAACUCAUCAUCGAUUGACAGCAUGGCAACGUUUUCGAAUCAUCGUAGUACAGGUAAUAAUUUACUAAUUCCAAUUUUAGCCAAACAUCAUGGCCAUCAUCAACAUGGAAUUUUGGAAUCACCACCAGUGCCCCCAACUUUAGAAGAUGAUGUUGAUGCAACAGCGAAUAAUAUUAUUGAAACAAUCAAUCAAGAUGAUUUCUUAGAAGGUUUAACUGAAAUGAAUACUUCGGAACCACCACCAACGACGCCUGGUGGUCCAGAUAAUCAAAAUUUUAAGGAACGUGGAUGGUAUAACAAUGAAUGGUCUUCACCGAACGGUGUACAAUACAACCAUGAAUUUCCUCCGCCAGGAACACCACCGGCUGGUUUAUUACGACCGCCUGGUGAUUUUCGCCGACCACUUGAAUUCCAAGGCCCACCUCCGCCACCUCUACCACAUAAUUUCCGGGGUGGGGGAAUGAUGGGUGGUCCACCUGUAUUUCCAAGACCGCCCCCACCACCAACAGAACAACAACAUUUUCAACAUUUUGGUAGUGGUGAGAAUUCAUUUCAAGGGCAUUUCCGUGGUGGUAUGAAUCGUGGCGGGAAUCGGGGAGGGGGUUGGGCUGGUAACAAUAAUAAAUUGUUUAUAAACAAUAAUCAUAAUCGUGGGAAUCAUCAUAAUCGUGGAGGAGGUAGUCAUCGUGGGGGAUAUCAUCAGUCACCACGCGGUGGACGUGGAGGUAAUAAUAGUUUUCGUGGUGGUCGUGGUAGGGGUGGGGGUAAUUAUAGAGAACAGUGGUAAUUAAUUUAUAUACAAAAAUGUAUAAAA